AUGCGUGAAGUGAACCAAUCCUUAACUGCGACUGAUAAAACUAUUGAAGUGAAACCUGCUCUUAAUUUUAUAAGUAACAGUAAAAAAGGUCGAAUGCAUGACAUUGACAACAUAAGAGGAUGUGCAUCGCCGAAACCUGCAAAGCAUGCUCGAAUUGAAGACUACAUCACUUUUCGUGGUAACCACACGAGGAAACUAGAAAAGGAUGAUAGAUACGACUGUUUUGAAACUCGCAGAAGAGACAAUGUCAAAGAUGUUAAAGCGGAAAUGCGCGGGAGCUUAGAAUUUAUACGCGAGAAAGAAGAGCUAAAUGUCUGCCAUAGGGAUAUUGUAAUUGCCUCUAAUAGUUCGGUUACGUCUACAAGAGAGUGCCUAUCACGAAGGUGCAGUUUUGGAUCUACUGAAUCUCCUCCAGCUUUGCUGUCCUCCAACUCAGUAAAUGGGGACACGAACCUUUCUGUUUUCAAGUCUUCACCCGAGCAUAUCUCCAUAUCUACUGAAGAAGGAUACAUCCAGGACCAACUCGACUCUUCCACUGCCAGCGUCCACCAUUCUAAAAAAGAACACGAACAGACAGACAUUAACUCGAAGAAUUUGACUGCGGCUGAGAUUCAGACGUCAACGGUUCUUUCAACUACGCCAUCUGACUACAAGGGUGAUGCUGUUCUGUGUCAGGUCUGUGAAGACGCGGCAGCGGGAUUCUACUGCGGUGCCUAUAUUUGUGAGGCUUGUAAGAAAUUUUUCAUUCGAGCAUCGAAGCAGAACGAGCUCCGUUAUCAGUGUCCAAGAUCCAGAAGCUGCCCCAUUACCAGGGAGAGCCGCGUCCAUUGUCAGUACUGCCGAUAUCAGAAAUGCCUUCGACUGAGCAUGUAUUACCCAAAGGGCGGUAAGAAGAUUGGAAGCAAGAUGGGUGUCCAGGAGAUUCCUUGCCGUGUUUGUUCAGCUCCUUCUUCAGGAUUUCACUUUGGUGCCCUGACAUGUGAGGGGUGUAAGGGUUUCUUUAGAAGAAUGGUCAAGGAAAGAGAUUCAUACUCUUACAAAUGUGGCCGAAAUGGACACUGUGAGAUCAAUGCAACGACACGUAACAUGUGUAAGGCCUGUCGCUACAAUAAGUGUCUACAAAUCGGGAUGUCUGUUGAAGGAAGCCGAAUAGGUCGACAACCAAACGCCGUGAGGCAUGCUAUAUCCGUAGAAGCCAAAAAGCAAACAGCACUCAAGAUUGAACCAGGCAGUGUUACGCAGCCUACAGAUUCAAGCCAAUCUCAUCUUAGUAUUGAUUCAUUUGCUCCUGACCCUUCCGAACAUGAGGAACUGAAUGAUGAUCACCAGCCAGUUUCAAUGAUCCAGGUUUCAUCAUCUGUUGAUGCUGGCAAGACUGUAUUCAAGGAGAUGAAUGCAGUGAAACCGUAUCCACUUUUGUCCUCUCAAGAAAAUCAUUUGCUGAGUAGAGCAGAGCAGCAUAAUUUAUUAGAAGUUUCCAUGCCUCAUUCUGACAUUAUAAAAUAUCCUGUGCCAUCUCAUGAGUUUCAUAACCAUACUCACAAUGUCUGCUCUUCAACUUCCAUCCUGUCUUCCUUGUCAGUAAAUGCAUCAUCUGGUAUAAACCCAGAGAUGUCUGAAAGAUUUCAAAAUCAGACAUGCGAAUUAAUACCUGGUGAUGAGGCUGAAGAUUUGAGUAUAGAUCUGUCAAGCCUUCGGACAUCAAAUACUGGCCACAUACACCCUCCAGAUACUACACUUACCUCUAAAACUGUGGAUCUUUCUUCAUCAUCAGUAUAUACUUCUUCCACACCACCAACUGGGUCUAUGUGUCUUCUUUCUCCUUCUCUAUGCCAACCUGUUUCUCCGCAUUAUCAUCCAGUAGAGUACACUUAUAGAGACCAACAGAAUUCAGCUUGUACUUAUUUCAGUAAUGACUUUGUAAAUCAAAAUCGGAAUUAUAAGUUAAGUUAUCAACACACAGAAAAAUAUGAUUCACUUAACACAUGCUACUCUGAUACUCAGAAGGAGGAAGAUAUGUCCCAGCAAGAAACAUUUCUCAGUAUGUUGUAUACCCAUAAUGCUGAGGCUGAGAUAUUAAGAAGCAGUUUUUCUACACCAUUUUGUCAUAGUAACAGAUCACCAAAUGCCAUCCCAAAUGAACAUCAAAUGUCCCAGAUACAUCCACUUGGAUCUUCACCACUACACCACCCACAGAUUUGGCCUUUCAGGCAUAACCCAGAAGGUAUUCAUGCAGUGGAAUGUGCUUCACAAAUAAAUAAAGCUGAUAGAAACUUGGAUCAUUUAAAUGUUAAUUCCUUCCCUGACAGACAUUGCUCAUCACCUCAACCACAUCGUCUGAAUUUGUUGUUACCACUGUAUGCUCCACCUCAUUCCCUGCCACAGUAUGUAGCAAGUCCAGAAGCUUCAUACCCAUAUGAUGAAUCAAGAUACUCACCAGCAGCUUCAUCUCAGAGCACUAACAUUUCAGAGCCUUUGAACACUUCAACUGUUACGGUCACAGACACCAGAAACCAGUAUGAACUGACUGUGCCCACUGAAGAAUUACAUGUUAUACUUUUGGACGCAGCUAGGAACUUAGCUCACUUUUGUGCUGUUGUAAAUAUCAACACUGAAAUAACGCUUGAAAUAACGCUUGCUGUGUAUCCAGAAAGAUUUAAAGAUGUGGACUCAACCUGGGAAAAGAUGAUGGAACAUUUUAACUUUCUUUCCCAAAGAAUUGUACCGUUUGCAAAAUCCAGGUGUUUCCGAGGUCUCAAGAUUGAUGAUCAGGUUUUACUUCUGCGUGUGGCCACAUACAGUCUCGUCAUCCUGAACCACAGUCGAGCUUAUGAACCCGAGACUGGAUUUUACAACUACUUCAAUUUAACCCAGAGAGAGACUCAUAUGAUAAGUAAUUUGAUGUUAUCCCAUGCUCACUACAAGCACAUAGGGAGCCUGCUGCAGAAGCAGGGAUUGACUGAGGUGGAAUAUGCAUACAUGUCCUGUAUACUACUUCUCAAUAAUGAGUACCCAGGACUAGAAAACACAGUGAUGACACAAAAACUGAAAGAGAGAUACGUGAAUGCCUUUUUAGACUAUGAAAUUGAACACUUCCCAAAAGGCAGGCUUCGUUUUGCUGAAAUGCUGCUGCAUCUAUCAGAGUUUUCCCAGCUGAACACACAGCACAGCAUUGCUGUUGGACUUGUCAUCACUAAAAACCCGCAGCUCCAUAUACCUCAGUUGUAUGCAGAAAUGUACACCAACAAUGACUCAGUUCUAGACAGUAGUGACUCUGCUAAUGGCUAUGAUAUACCAGAUGUUUGUGAACUACAUGAACCUCCAGUAGUAGAUAUUGUUAGGUAA